AGGUGAGCGGUGGCCAAUGGGCGAGCGCGGGGCAGGUGCCCGCUAACUCGCGCCUAGCAGCGCUGCGGCCCCGGCUUGGCGGGGCAGUGCUGGGAAGGACACUGGCGGGGGUCGGUCGUGGCGUGACUUGGAAGGAAGAGCGGCGAGCACAGCCCCUUGGGUGGUAGAGGCAGCUCGCAGCGUCGCACACAGCCCGCGCCAGCGCCGGCGCCGGUGCCGGUGCCGGGAGCAGCCCGCUCGGCCGCAGGGGCCGACGCUCCUGGCUGUGUGCAGUGGCCCGACUCCUAGCUAGCUCGCUCGCACACCCCUCACCUCUCCGCGCCUGGCUUGCAGGCGAGGGCCCAGAGCAGGCGGGCGGGCGGGCGGGCGGGCGGGGGAGGUGAGGGGUGCGGGUGUGUGUGCAUGUGCUUGACUGGGUGCACACCCCGCAAGGCGGCAGCGCCAGGACGCGGAGCGCUCUCCGGAGCCCCGCUGCCUCGCACGACUGCGGCGGCCGCAAGCAUGUUCCAGCCUGCGGCCAAGCGCGGCUUCACCAUAGAGUCCUUGGUGGCCAAGGAUGGUGGCACCGGCGGGGGCACUGGCAGCGGUAGCGCAGGCUCCCAUCCCUUGGCGGCAGCCGCCUCAGAGGAACCUCUCCGGCCCACGGCGCUCAACUACCCUCACCCCAGCGCGGCUGAAGCGGCCUUCGUUAGUGGCUUCCCCGCAGCAGCCGCCGCGGGUGCCGGCCGCUCCCUCUACGGAGGACCGGAGCUCGUGUUCCCCGAGGCCAUGAACCACCCAGCGCUGACGGUGCACCCGGCGCACCAGCUGGGCGCCUCCCCGCUGCAACCCCCGCACUCCUUCUUCGGCACCCAGCACCGGGACCCACUCCACUUCUACCCCUGGGUGCUACGGAACCGCUUCUUCGGCCACCGCUUCCAGGCCAGCGACGUACCCCAGGACGGGCUGCUUCUGCACGGGCCCUUCGCGCGCAAGCCCAAGCGGAUCCGCACGGCCUUCUCGCCCUCGCAGCUGCUGCGGCUGGAGCGCGCCUUCGAGAAGAACCACUACGUGGUGGGCGCUGAGCGGAAGCAGUUGGCCGGCAGCCUCAGCCUCUCCGAGACUCAGGUAAAGGUGUGGUUCCAGAACCGGAGGACAAAGUACAAACGGCAGAAGCUGGAAGAAGAAGGGCCUGAAUCUGAGCAAAAGAAGAAGGGCUCCCACCAUAUCAACCGGUGGCGUAUCGCCACGAAGCAGGCCAACGGGGAAGACAUCGAUGUCACCUCUAAUGACUAGGGGAGCAACCAUGAACCCAUGAGGGCAGAGCACUGCUUGCUGCUGGCCAGGCCCCUGGGGGGCACCCAAGCUGGACUGUGGCCACUCCCUGGCCAGGCUGCAGGGAGACCUCGAGUCACAGCCCCACAGGGCUUGGAGCCUGGGGCCAUCACUGGCAGAGGGACAAGAAAUGGGCUGGUUGAGGCCUGGGACUGCUCGGCCUUCUCGAUGGAGAGCCUGCCUGCCUGGGUGGGCCACCUGUCACUGCAGCCUCCCAGCUGCUCUUCAUUUCUCUUAUCUCCUUUUUGUUUUGAUGCGUUUCUGUUUUAAUUUAUUUUCCAGGCACCUGCUGUAGUUCUUAGUGAUCCCCUUGUGUCUCCCUUCCCUAUGGGAAUAAUAAAAGUCUCUCUCUUAAUG